UGAUCUAAUACAAAUGGAGAAAGACACUUAUAUAUCUUCAUCUGAUCCAAGCAGGCAGGAUUAUGAAGAUCAGUUUUACUCUGAAGAACCCGACUCCAGCAGCCGCUGGGAAGGAGCGCUCUCAGAUCCUGAUCUUCCCAUUGCAGAUGACGAUGGAGACAACUUUGUCUAUGAGUUUUGCACAAACUAUGAAGAAAAACUUCCCGUCUAUUUCGAUGAGAACCAAGUAAAUAAGGACAAAAAGUCUAAAAGAUGUUCUCUUUGCUCAGUAAAAUUCCAAAUGCUGGGUCCUAAGCGCGAGAACUGCAGAAAGUGAGGAGCUGCUGUUUGUAAAAACUGCUCACAAGGUCGCCUCAAGCUCUCUCAGACUUCAAAGAAAGAGGUAAUCCAUUGCUUCAAAUGUGAGAUUGAGGUGACUAACUUUGAUCUCAUUGAUAGCUACAAGAAGUUUGUCAACGAAAAGCGAGAAGAAAGGAGCAAAAUUGAAAAACUAAUCAAAGAGAAACCAAAUAAACAGAAAUACAGUAAAGAGAGCGUAGACUUUGACAUUGAGUAUGAGAAAUAAGGAAGUCAAGAUCAAUGAGCUUCAGACAAAGCUCAAAACACUCAAAGAUGAGAGCAAGAAGAAAGACAUCGAAAUCACUAGAGUCAAUGAAAACAAUCAGACUCUGAAAGACCAAAUUGAGAUAGCGAAGAGAAGGAUGCAAGAGCUCAAGGAACAGCAUAGGAAGAUUAAGGCUGAAAAGGAUCAGAAAGAUGAGGAAUUCAAGAAAUUGCAAGAGGAGAAGGAUGAACUUGAUAGAGCAGGGUAA